AUAGCUUACGUUCUUUCCCUUUCUCUUCAAAUCAACAACCAUCACUGAUUAAUCGUACCAGAUUCUUCUUUUUUUCUGUUUCCUUCAAAUUCCAGCCACACCCCGCGCACGAUAGCACUUUCUCUUCUGUUUCUCCUCCGUUUAGCGGUUACCGUUUCCAUUUCCCCACCGUUUCUUUCAUUCUGUUUCAAAACAAAACCCAAACACUCUCUCUCUCGUCUGAGAAAGAGAGAGCUCUGCGAUAGAUCGGAGCUCUCUGUUCAUUGAAACUGAAUCUUUUCAGUCAAGGUGUUUUGGGCAAGCUGUCAGGUGAAAUUUUGAUAUGUGGGGGCAUUACCGUGAAAAUUCCUUUAUGUACAAACGCACUCCUUCAAAAGAUAAUUCAAAUAUGGAAGAAGACGUGGAAGCAAGCUCAGAUCUUUUAGACAACUGUAUGGGUAAGGAAACAUCAAAUCCUUCCUGGAAGCGUUCUUUACCACAUGUACUUGUGGCAACCAUUUCUUCAUUACUAUUUGGAUACCAUCUCAGCGUAGUUAAUGAACCACUUGAGAGCAUUUCUUUGGAUCUUGGAUUCCAUGGAAAUACCUUGGCAGAAGGCCUGGUGGUGAGCAUAUGUCUUGGUGGUGCCCUGUUUGGAUGUUUAUUGAGUGGCUGGAUUGCUGAUGGGGUGGGGCGACGCAGGGCUUUCCAGUUGUGUGCUUUGCCAAUGAUAAUUGGUGCUUCAAUGAGUGCAGCAACAAACAACUUGUUUGGCAUGCUUGUAGGAAGGCUAAUUGUUGGGACUGGCUUGGGCUUGGGCCCUGCUGUUGCUGCUCUGUAUAUAACAGAGGUUUCUCCUGCUUUUGUCCGUGGUACCUACGGGGCCCUCAUCCAGAUUGCAACAUGCAUUGGUAUAUUGGGCUCGUUAUUUAUUGGAAUCCCCGUCAAAGAAAUUUCUGGAUGGUGGCGGGUUUGUUUUUGGGUAUCUACCAUACCUGCAGCUAUACUUGCUCUGGCUAUGGUCUUCUGUGCAGAAAGUCCACAUUGGUUAUACAAGCAAGGAAGAACUGCUGAAGCAGAAGCUGAAUUUGAAAGGCUUCUGGGUGUACCCGAAGCAAAAUUUGCAAUAUCCCAGUUAUCCAAGGUAGAUAGAGCAGACGAUACUGAUACGGUGAAGUUCUCUGAAUUGCUUCAUGGUCAUCAUUCUAAAGUUGUUUUUAUUGGAUCAACCCUAUUUGCUUUACAACAGCUAUCUGGUAUAAAUGCUGUGUUUUAUUUCUCUUCAACUGUUUUUAAAAGUGCUGGAGUGCCAUCGGAUAUUGCAAAUGUGUCCAUAGGAAUUGCUAAUUUGACAGGAUCUAUCAUUUCAACGAUUUUGAUGGAUAAACUUGGAAGGAAGGUUCUACUCUUUUGGAGUUUCUUUGGCAUGGCGAUAUCAAUGAUCUUUCAAGUCACAGGAGCAAGUUCAUUUUUACCAAACACUGGAGCUCUCUACCUAUCUGUUGGUGGCAUGUUAAUGUUUGUCUUUACAUUUGCUCUUGGAGCUGGCCCAGUUCCAGGUCUACUCCUAACAGAAAUAUUUCCCAGCCGAAUCAGAGCCAAAGCCAUGGCAUUCUGUAUGUCUGUAAAUUGGGUCGUUAAUUUCUUUGUUGGGUUACUGUUUUUGCGUUUACUGGAGACACUUGGUCCACAACUGCUUUACUCAAUGUUUGCUACCUUCUGCAUCAUGGCAGUAAUUUUUGUAAAAGGAAAUGUGGUAGAAACCAAAGGGAAAUCACUUCAAGAAAUUGAGAUAGCACUUCUUCCCCAAGACUAAAUCUUACAAAUAUCCAUUCACUGCAGUAAUUUUGCAUAAUUUGGGGGCUAUCACAUAGUUUCGGCUAUGAGCAUAUUGUGUUUCAUCCAUCUUGUUUACCUUAAUAGUGCAAGGAGAAAUUCAAGGGUGUAACCAUGUAUUGUUUUAGUGUAACAUUAAUACAAAUAGGCUUAGUAUUUUGAUACCAGCAUCUCAUGUUUGGGUUCAGUGAUUCCAUGUGCACGUCCAUGGAUAGAGAAAUCUGUACAACGAGAAAAAUAAUUGGGGAAAUCUACUUCCCAUAAUAUUUGUCAACGUGCUGUAUCUGUAUCUAAUAUGUAAUAUAGAUUUUGUGUAGUACUAUAA